AUGCCAUCAACACCGGUAUACUACGAUGAAUCAACAAUGUUCGACGUAGUGCUGAGUCCAAUCAGCCCUUCCGCCGGAGAGCAAAUCCGACAUCAGAAUGUAUCCCCGACUGGGGAUACACUGGGAGAGCGGCAGAACGAACCCGAGUCGAGGCUCCUCGUCGAAUCACCAAGUCCCCCGCUCUCCGCUCAGCAACAAUGUCCUGAGAGUCCGCCAACACAUCCGGAUGGAGAAAUCGUCAAGGUGCCACCGCUUCUUGCCUUGGGUCAGACCACCAUCAUCAUGCUCUCUACCAGCACCAUCCUCAUCAUUGCUGUCAUGGCCCUGCUCACGUACCUGUGGGCAAAUCAGAGUAACACUUCAUCCGCAGGGCCUCUGUGGAGGCUGAUUGUCGUGGGGUCUUGGCUACCGCAGGUGAUCACGCUCUGCACACUGGUCCUACGAUGGGCGACUGCUGUUCAGCUUUGUCUCUUCACGUCCAUGCUGGCUUCGGUAGCCGUGGAGGGCUUUCAAGUCACGCUAUCGCAGAUCAUGGCCGUCUCCAUCAUGCGGGCUACCACAGCAAGGCCGGCGGAGCUGCUGUGGGCCUUGUUGCAGGGGAACCGUUACAUUCUGUGGGGCAUCAGGACCAUCGCACUAACAACCAUGUUGAUGCUUCUGCAAGCUUCCUUCCAAUUCUCAUCGACUAUACUUCUCUCGGAUCUUUACCCUGGAGUGGUUCGUGGAAAUGCAGGCGCCCAAGAGGUUUCAUAUGGCCUCAGCGAGGGAUUGCAAGCAAAGUUGGGUUCAGACUCGAUGGGAAAUCCGUGGACCUUUAAGCCCCCGUUCUGGCCGUCAUUUGCAGAGUACGCGGAGCCGGCGAUCGAAGCCCCGGGCAUGGCAGAUACCGGAUUUACGCUGCGAGCAUUCCUGCCAUUCGAAACAGCUCAAAGCAGGUUGGCUGUCGGCAAUUACUCCGGACCUGCUACAAUCAUACCGUCUCGGGUAACCUGCUUCAAGCCACCGCUUUCCAAGCUGGCGGUCCACAUCGCCCAUGAAGAACUGUCGGCGGGGUUCAUCACCGGGGAGAUCGACUUCGGAGAGGUGCAAUUUGAGCUCCUGGGAGGCUGCAAGAGCCGGCCAUGCAGAGAAACGCCGGAAUCGACGCACGCAUUCAAUUGCACCUUCAACUACGGUGCCAGCAGCGCCUACAGAGAAUGGGCAGCGACCCUCUGCGUGGUAGAGGACUCUCUCGGAACACACCAAUUCUCGCGCACUUCCAGCCCAUACUUCGGCAACGGCUACCUCCUCAUCAACGCCAGCGGCGCAGUCGAGGACUGGUACGGCUUGGGACAGAGAAACAGCGGUUCCCCAUCCGACCUGACUCCCUCGUCGAGCACCGACGCAAGCGCCUGGACGAAAUUCGACACACCCUCCCCCGGCGCUUCCGUAAGCUCGACCCUAUGCUACUACAACCCCAGCCCGCUGAACUACCACGACGUCAACGCCUCCCGCGACGCACCACCCGCAGCCGAGCCCCGGUUCCGCUGGACCUCCACCAACACCACCACCACCACCCCCGCCCACUACGACACCGCCUCCGUGCGCAAGCAGCUCGGCGCCGCCACCCCCCCUCGCAGUCUCACCCACCAAGCCCGCGGCAUCCUCACCCUCUCCCACUGGGCAGCGGCACCGCACACGCCAUCAACCCCGCCCCCACCCCUCCUCUUCCCCCAGCAGCACCCCGUCAACGCCAUCAACUCCUCCUACACCCUCUGCCAGCAAUGCGUGCGCCAGCCGUCCCGGUCCGCCAACACCGACGCCAACACCCCCGUCCACCACACCCUCACAACCCUCUUCCAAGACGUGCUCCUCCUCGCCGCGACGUCGGGAGACGACGACAACCCGGCCCGCGCGCUGCAAGCCCUCUUCACCACCGUCGCGCAGGCGGCGUACUACGCGCUGGCGUCCGAGUUCGACGUCGUCGCGCGCAACGCGAGCGUCGCGGCGUUCAUCGGCGGCGGUAGCGACAGCGGCAACGGCGGCAGUGGUGGUAGCGGCGGCAUCGCCAUGCCGCGGCGGUGGAGGGGCUUCGCGGUCGUCGCGGGGAUGGUGGUCGGGCAUUUUGCGUGCGGAGGGGUGGUGGUGGGGGUGUUUUUGGGGGGGUGUCGGUGCUCGAUGGUGGGGCAGGUGUGGGGGUGUGUGGCGCAGGUGCGGGGGGGCGGGGGCGAGGGGGAUGUGGAUGCGGUGUUGGGGAAGGCGAGGCGGUGGGCGACGGAUGGGGAGGUGAGGGCGUGGUUGGAGGAGUGUGGGUGGGGGGAGACGAGGGUGGGGGUUUUGCCGUGGAGGAGGAGGAGGAGGAUGAGGGCGAGGGCGAGAGGGGGGGAGGAGGGGGGCGUGUAG